UCUACCUUUUCAAGUUUUCUUAAAAAAAAAAAACAAUGGCAUCCAAACUAGCAGUAUAUAAACAAGAUCAACUUUUGAGAGCCAAUGGACCUAUUCAAAAUGAUGCACCUAUGCGACUAAGAAUGGAAGCCUAUGUUAAAGAUUUACAAAAUAGAAUUGUAGAGGGGAUCGAAAAAGUAGAAGGAAAUAAAAAGUUCGAACGUACGAGUUGGAAAAGACCUGAUCAUGGUGGUGAAGGGAUGACAUGUGUGAUUCAAGAUGGCCAAGUGAUGGAAAAGGCAGGUGUGGCCGUAUCCGUGGUAUACAGCGAAUUAUCCAAAGAAGCUGCACAUCAAAUGAGACAUGAUCGGGGGAAAUCCUUACCUGAUCGAGAUCAUCUCCCUUUUUUUGUCACUGGUAUUUCUCAAGUGAUGCAUCCGAAAAAUCCAAAUGCACCUACUGUUCAUCUUAACUACCGCUACUUUGAAGUGUUUGAUCCUGAUACUGGUAUGCCUUUACUCUGGUGGUUUGGUGGAGGUGCUGAUUUGACACCCAUCUAUCUGUUUGAAGAAGAUUGUAUCCAUUUCCAUUCCAUCUACAAGCAAGCCUGUGAUCUAAUCGACCCUGAUUUCUAUGGCCAAUUUAAAAAAAAUUGUGAUACUUACUUUUGUAAUACUCAUCGUGGUGAAACAAGAGGUAUUGGUGGCGUGUUUUUUGAUGAUUUGGAUACAAAGUCCCCUGAAGAUUUAUUUACGCUGAUACGUGCUCUAGGUGAUCGAUUCUUACCAUCCUAUGUCCCUAUUUUGGAAAAACGUCAUGCCAUGCCCUAUACAGAGGCCAUGGUAGAAUGGCAACAAAUCCGUCGUGGUCGUUACGUUGAAUUUAAUUUGAUUUGGGAUAGAGGGACUAAAUUUGGUCUACAAACACCUUGUGCUCGUGUGGAAUCCAUCUUGAUGACUCUACCGUUGACUGCUCGUUGGGAAUAUAUGUAUCAAGUCAAGCCUAAUUCAAAGGAAGAAGAAUUGGAAUCUGUUUUGAAACAUCCUAGAGAUUGGAUUCCUUUGCAUUAAUCAUUUCAUUCCCCUCCCCUUCUUUUUUUUUUUUUUUUUUUAUAAUUUUAUCUACAUCCGUCCCCAACCAUCC